AUGAAUGGCAUUCAACUGUCAGAGGAAGCUCAAACUCGGAAGAGCUUAAUUCUGAGGAACCUACAGGAGGCUCUCGGAGUAGACAAGCUGGAAAAGCAACUUUGUGCACGUGUACUGGGGAACCGCAACAACUGGGAAACCUCAUGUUGGGUACUUCGUUCCAAUGAGGAAAAUCGCCGAUUUUCUACAAGCUGGUCUGAAGGUGACUGUACUGUUUGCGGACCUACAUGCUUUUCUCGACAACAUGAAAAGUACAUGGGAGUUACUCGAAAAUCGUGUUAUCUACUACGAGCACAUUAUCAAAGCUCUCUUAUUAGCACUGAAUGUUCCGAAUUGAGCGUCUCCACUUUAGAAUACACCUACGACAUACUCCGUUUGUGUAGCCAGGUAUCACAACGUGAUGCACUUAAGGCUGGGGCCGAAGUAGUGAAGCAGGUGGAAUCUCCGUUAUUGUCAGGUCUUCUAUAUCCCUUACUGCAAGCCCUCGAUGAGCAGUACCUAAAGGUGGAUGGACAAUUCGGUGGUGUUGAUCAGCGAAAAAUAUUUAUCUUAGCUGAAGAACAAUUACCGAAAUUAAAACUAGGAAAACGAUGGCACUUGAUGAAUCCCAUGGUUCCUGGUUUAACCGGCUCUAAGAUGAGCAGCUCGGAGAUUGACUCGAAGAUUGAUCUCUUAGACAGUCAUGAUGUUGUCGAACGAAAAAUUCUUGGUGCUGCUUGUUCACGACAGGAAACUGACAAUGGAGUUUUGGCCUUUUUCAACUAUGUGCUGAUCCCUAUUGUCAGCCCCAACUCUCUCGUUAUUGCCGACAAAGAGUUUUUCACUUACGACGAAAUCAAAGAGUCAUUUUUAAGUGGUACAUUAUCCGCUGAAGAUUUGAAGAAGACUCUAAUUGAAUUUUUAAAUGAGUUAUUGGCAAAGGUGCAAGAUCACUGCAAAUCCGAUGUUGUGCGCGAUGCCCUUGAAAAGGGUUAUAAAGAAGUGAAUGAAAAUACGGCUGAGCCGAAGCAGCAUCCAGUUGUGCAAGUCACCGACCAACAGCUUAGCCUUGUUAAGCAAAUUGUUGGCGACGACAUGUUGACUGGGGAUGACGACACCGCUUUGCGGUCGUGUAUAGCAAAUGGCAGAGCAAUUCGUGUGACGUUCACCAUCCAUCCCAAAGGACGCUUUCAUCUUGGUUUCCUCAUGGGAUUGCUGAAAAUGAAGUCAUUAAUCGAAAGAGGGAUUAACAUCGAAGGAAUCGUUCUAAUUUCCGACAUGGAAGCCUUCCUGGAUAACGAGAAGGUGUCUUGGAACGCUCGAGACGGUCGGAGUGAGUACUUCUAUCAGAUUUGCUCAUUCUUUAUCGAGCGCCUUGGUUUGAAAAAUAGCGUCAGGGCUGUGAAAUCCGCUGACAGCGACUCCAUUUUUUCAAAAGAUUAUGUGCUAAAUAUGUACAAAAUGGCCUCAGCCGUUACUCGCGAUGAGACGACCGUUUGUGAAGGAACGUCUUUGUCUGGCAAUUUGGUUCCGCUAUUUUACGCUCUCAAUCAUCAGUUGCUCGGAACUGACCUCGCUAUUAUGGGUGAAGAUUCAAUCAAGAUUGCUAAUCUUGCGGUUAAGUUGUGGUCCCGAAUGAGGGUGCAACCUCCAACACAAGUAGCAUUUUCGCUGCUACCGGGAUGUGAUGGAAAGAAAAUGUCAUGUUCAAAUCCCGACUUCCUUUUGGAGGCAUUUGACACACCAAAGCAAGUGAAAGUCAAGGUGGCACGGUCCUUCUGUGAGCCGCAGAACUUGAAUGGAAAUGUUGCCAUGAUGCUAUCCCAACAGUUCAUUUUCCCGCUCCUUGGUGGAUCAAGUUUG